AUGUAUGAAAAGGCUCCCGAUGGGCAUAUUUUUCUGGAAGCCUUUUCUCCAGUUUACAAGUAUGCACAGGAUUUUUUGGUUGCUAUUGCUGAGCCUGUGUGCAGACCAACCCACAUUCACGAGUACAAGCUGACUGCUUACUCACUGUAUGCUGCUGUUAGCGUUGGCUUACAAACAAGUGACAUCACAGACUAUUUACAAAAACUGAGCAAAACUGGUGUCCCAGACGGAAUAAUUCAGUUUAUCAAGCUGUGUACUGUCAGCUACGGGAAGGUGAAGCUGGUACUGAAACAUAACAGGUAUUUUGUGGAAAGUACCCAUCCUGAUGUCAUUCAGCAGCUUCUGCAAGACCAUGUAAUCAGAGACUGUCGCCUGAGAAAUGCUGAGGGUGAAGAAACAGAGCUUAUUACAGAGACAUUCACAAGUAAAUCAGCGAUUUCCAAAUCCAGUGAAAGUGGGUUUGGUCCGUCCACAUCACAGGGAGCAGAUGCUCAGAUUAAGCCAGAUGUCGCGGCUGACUUAUUUGAGUUUUAUGAGCAGAUGGACAAAGAUGAGGAGGAGGAGGAGGAGGAAACACAGACAGUGUCCUUUGAAGUCAAGCAAGAGAUGAUUGAAGAACUUCAGAAGCGUUGUAUCCAUUUGGAGUACCCCUUGCUGGCAGAAUAUGAUUUCAGAAAUGAUUCUGUGAAUCCUGAUAUUAAUAUCGAUUUGAAACCUACAGCUGUCCUCAGGCCCUAUCAAGAGAAAAGUCUAAGGAAGAUGUUUGGAAAUGGGCGAGCCAGGUCUGGUGUUAUUGUCUUGCCAUGUGGUGCUGGCAAGUCUCUAGUUGGCGUGACAGCAGCAUGUACUGUCCGCAAGCGGUGCCUGGUCCUUGGUAAUUCUGCAGUGUCUGUAGAGCAGUGGAAAGCCCAGUUCAAGAUGUGGUCCACCAUCGACGACAGUCAGAUCUGCCGGUUCACUUCUGAUGCCAAAGACAAGCCCAUUGGCUGUUCUAUUGCUAUCAGCACAUAUUCCAUGUUGGGCCACACAACUAAAAGGUCCUGGGAAGCAGAAAGAGUAAUGGAGUGGCUUAAAAGUCAAGAGUGGGGCCUUAUGAUACUUGAUGAAGUACAUACUAUCCCUGCAAAAAUGUUCAGACGUGUGCUCACUAUUGUACAAGCUCACUGUAAACUGGGGCUGACAGCUACCCUGGUCAGAGAAGAUGAUAAAAUUGUUGACCUGAACUUCCUGAUCGGACCAAAGCUCUAUGAAGCCAACUGGAUGGAGCUGCAGAACAGUGGCUACAUUGCUAAAGUCCAGUGUGCUGAGGUUUGGUGCCCAAUGUCACCUGAAUUUUAUAGAGAAUAUGUAGCUAUCAAAACAAAGAAGCGAAUACUGCUGUACACCAUGAACCCAAACAAAUUCAGAGCCUGCCAGUUCCUGAUUAAGUUUCAUGAGCGACGGAAUGAUAAAAUCAUCGUAUUUGCUGACAAUGUGUUUGCAUUGAAGGAGUAUGCAAUCAGACUUGGGAAACCCUAUAUAUAUGGUCCUACUGCACAAGGUGAAAGAAUGCAAAUUCUACAAAACUUCAAGCACAAUCCAAAAAUCAACACUAUUUUCAUUUCCAAGGUAGGUGACACAUCCUUCGAUCUGCCUGAAGCCAAUGUUCUGAUUCAGAUUUCAUCCCAUGGUGGGUCUCGAAGACAGGAGGCUCAAAGACUGGGACGAGUGCUGAGAGCCAAAAAAGGCAUGGUUGCAGAGGAAUACAAUGCCUUUUUUUAUUCUCUUGUAUCCCAAGACACUCAGGAAAUGGCAUAUUCAACGAAGCGACAACGGUUUCUUGUAGAUCAAGGUUAUAGCUUCAAGGUAAUAACAAAGCUUGCUGGCAUGGAAGAAGAAGAACUUUCAUUUUCAUCCAAAGAAGAACAGCAGCAGCUUCUCCAGAAAGUCCUGCAAGCAUCUGACCUGGAUGCUGAGGAGGAAGUAGUCGCUGGAGAAUAUGGUUCAAAGUCGGCUCAGGUGUCACGUCGUACGGGCACGAUGAGCUCUAUGUCAGGAGCAGAUGAUACAGUUUACAUGGAAUACCACUCUUCACGGAGUAAGGCAUCUUCAAAUAAACACAUCCAUCCGCUGUUUAAACGCUUCCGGAAAUGAUGCCCUUCAUGUGUGCAUUUUGCUAAGACUGUGGAUCCAUGUACCUGUUUCCAUAACUAAAAAUAAAGAGUUGAAAUUUCUGAUAGGUCCUUCAAAAGACUUUUUAUAUGCAUCUAUAUAGCCACAUAUUUACUUAGCAAUAUAUGUGCUUUCAUGGGUGAAUGUGAAAGGCAAAAAGGAACUAAAUCUUACUGCAGAAAAUAUAUUAUCCAGUGACUGGAUCCUGGUUAUACCUGUCUGUUUUUCAGGGUAAUUUAAUAGAAUUUAUUUUUAUCAGCUAAAGACCCUUUUUCAGAAGACUUCUGGAAAGGUUUUGUAAAUGAAGUUUGUACUGAUGUUUGAAAUGUUAUUUAUCUGAUUGUUGUGUCUGCCCAACAAAAUACUGUUUUUUAAAAUGCUUAAAUAAAAAUCAUUCACUGAGCUGAACAAAUCCUGAUAGGAGCACUUUACAUAAUAUUUUUAAACUGGGAGCUAAUUUAUACUUACAGCUUAACCUGUCUUAAAAUUCUACUGUUUGGAAAUACUUUGAAGUUCAAAGACAAGGAGAAAGGGGGACUCUCUUUCCAAAGUGAACUCAAGUAAAGCAUUAGUAAAUACAAAUACAAUCUGUGCUCUGUUUUCCUCAUUUUUCUUGCUGCUUCCAAGAAGCUGAAAUAAAAGCUCUUAACCUUUUCAUUUAUAUUCUAUUUAUCAGCCAUGCAAUAAAACCAUCAUAAGUGCCAAACAGUGCAUUGUCACUGCAGAAAUUAUUGAAUCAAAAAGUGUUUUGACUCGUCAAAAGGUGAGUUGGAAGCAGAGGUGUGAAGAAAGAUUCCUGAGAUUGUUUUUUUUUUUCUUAAUGAAGACUGCAGUGUGUUUCUAGAAAAUUUGAGGAGAGGUGGGGGUGGUUUGUGGCAGAAGAAUGCUUUUUAAAUAACGUCUCCUUAAUAUUGUAGGUUAUGGUACUUGGUAUUGUAUUAUGAGGUGGGUUUUUGCUGAGAGUUUGUAGAGCUUUAGGAGCAACCUAUGAAAUAACAUUGAUCUUGAUCUGUUAGUUCAAAAUAGGUUAGUAUAAAUCUUUACUGUACUGAAAGGCGUAUAUAUGGUAGUUAUCCUGGUUAUAUGACAAACGUGCUUCAGAACAAUAUUCUGCUUCUUACUAGCAUAAAUUCACAAAUUGAGAUUCUAGAAAUAUUGGAAGCAUAAUUCAGAACACAUGGUGCUUGUUUUCAGUCUCUGUAUCAGGGUCAGGUAAUUUUGAAAACAGAACUGAUCUGGUUCAGUUUAAACUUUGUUUAGUCUCUGAGCCCUACUCCAUAAUGCCUGGUUCUUUUGUUCCUAGUCUUCUGUCUCACAAACUGGGACCAGCCAUGACAGUGCUUGAGUGGCUUGUAUGGGAGAGAUUAAUGUGCAGUAUACUGGUGCUCAUUUUCUCUCCCCAGUUUUAAAGCUUUAUUUACUUCUAUCAGUAAUUCAGACCAGCUCUUGUGGCAAGAGUUAGAAAAAUGAAAAUUUAGUAUAAUGGGAGGACUCUGACAAUGGGAAGGUUGGGCAAAUCAGCCCAUGUCCCUCUGCAUAAUUCUAAGAUGCUUUAUGAAUUGCCUUGGAACUGUUCUCCACUCUUCAUAAACUUGGAAAAAUCCCAACCUACUAAAUGUGGAAAUGACUUAAUAGUAGUACUAAUUUUUGUAAUUGUGGCACUAGUAGCUGGAUUUAGGACAGCACUGUAGUUCUUAUGUCGUAAAUCUUUGCUACAGUGACUGAUGAUCUUACUCUUCUAAGUAAUGGGUCUUUGUGGGAUGCGGUACUUUCAGCAUCAAUAAAGCAUAAUGAUUUUAU